UUUUUUUUUGAUUUUGGAUUCUUUUUAAUUUUGUCAUAUUAUCGGUAUUAUUUUGAAUCAUUAGGCUAGUUUUUUUUCAGAUAAAUUUUGAAAAUUUAAUAAAAUGAAAAUAACUCGAUACAAACGAGCUCAACGUCAUUUGUUAUUUUAUCGUAAUUAUUUUGAUUUUCGACCACCUUACCAGAUUAUUUUGGAUGCAACAUUCUGCCAAGCUGCUUUAAAGAAUAAAAUCAAUCUUAAAGAGCAAAUUCCGAAAUAUUUAAAUGAUGAGGUCAAAUUAUUAACAACUGUAUGUGUUGUUAACGAAACAGAACGACUUGGUAACUCGCUUUAUGGCACAAUGCUUGUUAUCAAACAAUUUCCGAUCCAUAAAUGUGGCCACGAAAAGAAUCCGAUUUCAGCAAAUGAAUGUCUGUUUUCUUUGAUACAACGGAAAGAAGAGCAUUAUUUUUUGGCAACUCAAGAUCAAGAUCUUACGGAAAAAACGCGUUCGCUUGCCUAUGUUCCAAUCUUAUUUAUUAAAAUGAAUGCAAUAAUUUUAGAGCAACCAGCAACCGAAGCCAGAGAUAAAGCUAUCGAAUCACAACAACGUUUUCAUCAGGUCGAUUCCCAUCAAUUUCAAACUUUGAAAAAAUUAAAAAAGAUUGAAUCCUUGGACAAGCCAGCCAAUAUCAAACGAAAACGCAAAGGUCCGAAAGGUCCUAAUCCAUUAUCGUGCAAAAAGAAAAAAACUGUUGCUUUGAAUAAGGCAUCAUCUUCAAAUCCGAAUGUUAAAUCUGUGAAACAAGACGGUAAAAAGAAACGAACAAAAACCAAACGUAUACCUAAUCAUAUUAAACGAAUGUUUCAAAAAAUCGAAACUGAUCUAAAUCUAAAACAACAAUCAUCAUCUUCAUAAUUUUAUUUUUUAAUAAAUAAAUGUUUAUCUUUUUUAAAUU